AUGAGAACCUUGGAAUCUGCCCGUGCCCAGCGGCUGUUGAAUCGUGAGCACCGGCAGAAGAGCGGAGGCAGAACAGAGAGAGGUGGUGCCCCCGGCGCCAGCUCCAGCAUGUCCCUCCAGGGGCACAGAGCAACCUUCCAGGGCCCUCUGUCCUCCCGGGAGAGGCCCCCGGCCUCCAGGAGCGGUACCAGAUGUAACCUUGCUCGGGCCCCCAGAGUCCACGUCGGGAUGGUGCCCAGCGGGCUCUCAGCGGGGCUGAGUGGCCGCGUGAGCCGCCGGGCGCUGGGCAUCAGCAGUGUCUUCCUGCAGGACCUGUGGAGCUCGGGCCCAGUCUUGGUGCCUCCUCCGGGCCUCGACAGAACCCUGGGCGGCCUCGAGGACCUGGGAGGUUGCCUGGCAGAGUACAUGGCCAAGGUGCGCGCCCUGGAGCGCGUCAGCCAGGAGCUGGAGGCACAGCUCCGGACGCAGCUGGAGAGCACAGCCACGCACUCGGAGCGCUGGACAGCGCUCAGGGCCUCCUGGGCCAGCAGCUGCCAGCAGGUGGCUGAGGCAGUCCUGGAAAAUGCCCGGCUCACGCUGCAAAUGGAGAAUACCCAAGCAGGUGCAGAGGACUUGAAAGAGAGAUAUGAAAGCGAGCAAUCAUUUCGAAAAUCAGCAGAAGCGGAAAUUAGCUCUCUGUACAAAGUCAUUGAUGAAGCUAAUUUGACAAAAAUGGAUCUAGAGAGUCAAAUAGAAAGCCUGAAAGAAGACCUUCGCAUUCUGUCGAGGAGCUAUGAAGAGGAUAUGAAAGUGCUCUGCAAGCAGUUGGCAGGGUCUGGCCUAGAACAAAUGGAUAUUCCCCUCAGCGGUGGUCUGGAUGACAUCCUUGAGGCCAUCAGAAUUCACUUGGAGAGAUACAUGGAAAAGAACCAGGUGGAGGCAGGAGCCUUUCUCCAUGCCAAGCAACCGGCGGAGGUUGUCCACCAGACCCAGGAAGAGAGGCUGACCGCCACCCUCAGCAUGGACCUCCAGAGCACCGCCAGCCAAGUGCAGCACCUCCGGGCCGAGACGGAGGCCCUGCGGGCCCUGAAACAAGGCCUGGAGCACACCCUGCAGGAUGCCAAGCACUGGCAUGAGAUGGAGCUGCAGAACCUGGGCGCCGUGAUGGGCAGGCUGGAGGCGGAGCUCCGGGAGAUGCACGCAGAGGCUGAGCAGCAGCAGAGGACCCGCGAGCACCUGCUGGCACACCAGGAGCAGCUGCAGAGCCAGGUGGCGGCCGGCCACGCGCUGCUGGACAAGGAGGAGAGCGGCAACCUGAGCAGACUGACAAAUGGCGAUUCUCUGCACAAGUUCACUGAGAUUCUGCUGGACUGUUUGGCACGGCAGCAGCCUCAGGCCUCCCCAGCCUCCAUAGCUGAGGAGAAGCUGACUCAAAUUCCUGAGUUACUACCCCCAACUGAAGAAAAGGAGGAAAUGGACCCUUUUGAAUGGAAUGCUGAAAAGCCAGAUACAGCAAUAAGAAACCUUAACAUGACUCCUUGGAAUUUACCUGAAAGUAGGGGAAAAAUUCUUGCAAGUAUCAAAGAUAUUGUGGAAAACUGGAGCGGACACAACCUUCCACGGCAUCAUAGGAGACCAGGAAGCAAACUAGCUGGUUCUGGAACAUGGCAGAUCUGGGAGAAGUCCAGCUGCUCAGGGCUACAGAGCCUCGCCGAGUUGGGCAUGGAUCAGCCCGGGCCCAGGUCCUUCCAGACCGGCACACAAAUAUGUGAAUCAAGUUUCCAAAGUCCGUUUCUGGUUUUUGUCAGUGUUACAGUGGAAAUGGCUAACUUUCAGGUCCUGUCUGCACUGUCCAUGCACACCAUCGGCCAGUUUCUGCUCUACCACUCUCUGCCUGCCACUUGCAGCUCCUCCAUUUGCAUCGGUUUCUUUUCUCACCAGUACCUGCAGGAGCACAGGGAGCCCUUGGCAGCUGAAUCUGGAGUCUGGCUGUCACUCUACAAGGACCUUCUCUAA